AAAUUUGUGAUUUAAUUAUUUAAUUAAAAUGGAUUCGUGGCUAAAGGAACAACUUACUAGGUGCUUGCAAUUCGAGGUUCCGGAAGAAAUGAUCUAUCUUAUUUUAGGAAUAGAUACAGAAGAAAAAUUGCGAGGAUAUUGCGAAACAUUACUGGAUUUCACAAAUGAGAAGCACUGUAUCUUCUUUAAUGCACUUAAAUUAAAGCAGUUUCCUUCAAAUCAUACAAAACAGAUGGUGACAAUGAAUCAAAAGUCUGAUAAUGAUGAAGUCAGAACCGGUGCAAAGAAGAAGACUAAAUAUUAUAAUUUCUAUGGGAAAGAUGGAAAGCUGAAUGAUACUGUUAUGCUGAAAGGAAGAGUCAAAUGUGAUUGUCAAGCUAGUAAGCAUAAACUCAUCAAUAAUUGUUUAUAUUGUGGAAGAAUUGUGUGUGAGCAGGAAGGAUCCGGAAAUUGUUUAUGCUGUGGUAAUUUAGUAUGUACAGAAGAGGAACUAAAGGUAAUUAACUCUCAAACUAAAAAAGGAGAUCAAUUGAAGAAAUCCUUGAUGAAUACAAAAGGAUUAGAAAGUGCAAUAGCUCAAAGAGACAAACUGCUUGAAUAUGAUAAGAAUAGUGAAAAGAGAACAACAGUUAUUGACGACGAAUCUGAUUACUUUAAAGCUAAUUCAGUCUGGUUGUCUGAUGAAGAGCGUAAAAAGCUGAAAGGCUUAGAAGAUAAAUUGAGAGAGCAUAAACAUGAAAGUCGUCUGAAUAAGAAAUAUAAUUUGGAUUUUGCUGGACGUAAAGUUACUGAAGACGUUGAAUACCCAAAAGAGAUUGAGGAACAGAUUCUUCGACAAGUUAUGGAUGCAACAUCAAAUAAUAAUUUUUCAUAUGGUGGUGCGAAUCCUGAUAUGCUUAAUGCAUUGCCAAUAUUCGAUGAGAAUAUCGGUAAAAGCUUUCCUAAGCUCAAAAAGGCUAAGACUGGAUUUGAUGGAGUUUAUAAUCGUGUACAGGAUAAAGAGUUUCAAGAAAUGUCUGAUUUAAAAUCAUGCAUUUCAAUGCAUCAACCGUGGGCAUCAUUACUUGUUGCUGGAAUUAAAAAACAUGAAGGAAGAAGUUGGUUUACAUCACAUCGUGGACGAUUAUGGAUAGCUUCAACUGCCAAACCUGUAAAUCCAGAUGAAGUGAAGGAACUAGAAAUGUUUUAUCAAACUCAUUAUAAGGAUGAAAACAUCAACUAUCCAACACAAUAUCCUUCAGGUGUUCUUUUAGGCUGUGUUAAUGUCACUGAAUGCUUACCUCAAGAGGAAUAUCGAAAAGCUUAUCCUGAUGGUGAAUCAGAAAGCCCAUUUGUGUUCAUCUGUGAAAAUCCACAAGAACUUCAAAUCCGUUUUCCUAUUAAAGGAAUGCAUAAAAUCUAUAAACUCGAUCAAAACAUCCAUUCCGCAGCACUGAAAACAUUAAUGAAAUGUCAAGCUAAGGCAUAAAUAU